AUGGGACCAAAUGAAUAUCAACACGUCGCCAGGCUUGAUGAGUGUGUCAAGUUUGGUUAUGGUGGGGUGGAGUUACUCUUGGUGCUCUGUGGCCUGGAUCUCUCUCUGCCGUGCCCUCGCCACUGCAUCUGCUACACUUCACCUAGCACCGUCUCCUGCCAGGCCCACAACUUCCAUGCCGUGCCCGAGGGCAUCCCGGCCCAGAGCGAGCGCGUCUUCCUGCAGAACAACAAGAUCCAGCGGCUUCUUCGCGGCCACUUCUCGCCGACCACCACCAUGUUGUGGCUUUACUCCAACAACAUCUCCUACAUCCAACCGUCCACCUUCCACGGCUUCGACCGCCUGGAGGAGCUGGACCUUGGGGACAACAAGCACCUGAAAGCCAUCGCUUCGGACACCUUUGUGGGUCUGGGUCGGCUGCACGCGCUGCACCUGUACCACUGUGGUCUGAUCAGCCUGCCUCCGGGGAUCUUCGCCGGGCUUCAUAAUCUUCAGUAUCUCUACCUACAGGACAACCAGUUAGAGUUCCUGGAAGACGAUCUUUUCAUAGACCUGCUCAACCUUAGUCAUCUCUUCCUGCACGGCAAUCGAUUAUGGAGCCUUCGCCAGAACACUUUCCGUGGUCUGGGUGUCUUAGACCGCCUGCUUCUCCACCAGAACCGAAUCCAGUGGGUGGACCGCCAGGCCUUCCAUGACCUGCGCCGCCUCACCACCCUGUACUUGUUUAAUAACUCCCUGACUGAGCUAUCUGGCGCCAGCUUGACUCUGCUGCCAGCACUGGAGUAUCUUCGGCUUAACGACAACCCCUGGGAGUGUGACUGUAAGGCGCUGUCUCUCUGGGAUUGGCUGAGAAGGUUCAGGGGUUCCACGUCCUCUCUGAUGUGCGUUACACCGCCGGAGCUGGUGGGAAAGGACCUGAAAUCAGUGAAGAAAGAGGAGCUGCCAAGUUGCUUGUCAAGCGAGGGUCACGGUCGUGGGGGUCCAGGUAGGGAGAUGGAGCACGGGGAGUCUUUGAACCACCUGAAUCGCCACAGAAACCAUCACAACCACCAUCAGCGGCCAUACUUGCCUCACGGGGACCAGUACAGCCUGCCUUCACCCUCGCCCCUGCCAAGGCCACCGAAGGGAGGCCGCAGAAACUGUACCCGCAGGGGCCGCAAGGCAAAAGGCGGGGCAAAUGAGACGCAGGUGCAGCGGGUGGAGGGCGAGAAAGACUAUACUCCAGACGGAGGUAAAUACGGCAUGUCUGGAAAUGGAAGAAGGAAGAACAAGUGCAUCCCCAGAACUUCUGUCCGCCCACCAAGUGGGGUGCAGAGAGCAAAUAAUAACGCAGGGUCCCGCAUUGCAGAUUCUACUUUGUGUUUACAGUCAGCUCUGCUGCUGUCACUCAUCUCUGUGAUCCUACGCUGAGACAGGGAUUGGACGCUCGUGCUGGUGAAGCAGCCAGUGGGUUCACCCUGCUGAACCAUCCUGCCUCGGCUCUUUCAAUGAGGCACGUGUGCAUAACUGAGUGCGUACAUGACUGUGUACAAAGAACAUUAUUAAAUAUCUACUGUCGGAGUCUCCCUGUGGUAUUAUGGCAGGAGUCUUUACGAGUCACAAUAAAAGUACGGCAGUCAGGGAAAUCAAUUUAGCCCAUUUCUUUGAUGAUGUCACCAAGGGAAACACAGGAAAAAAACAAACUUUACACCCGUCUCUGAGGCAUUAAGUGCUUCACAAAUUUAUGUACUUAUAAAAACUGUACAGCCACAUAAAUAAGGAGCCAAUGAUUCAUUCAAAUCAUAGCGACAAGGAUGCACAAUAGGAAUCAUAACAGUUCGAGGCUCUGUCUCCAUGUUUAGCCCUCUUCACACAACAAUGCUCUCUCAGCGCACCCUCCAUCUGUCACUCAUGCUGAGAGGGCGGCACUGUCAUUCCUAUCUGUCACACUAAUCUCUCAGCAGCACCUUAAGAUCCAGAACACCGCAGACACAAGUGGCAGUAACAUGAGUCAUCAUUUGGCAGUGAUAACUAAGUCACGAGAUAUCUACAAAGUUUAUUUCAACAUGUCUUAAAGCAAGGUGGACCCACUUUAAUGCACAACUCUAUCUUUGUAAUCUAGACUCUUAGAGCUGUGACAGAUCCAUAGAACUGACUCUCUCAUUGUCCUUGCCUUUGCAUUCCAUUAACUUAAAAAGCCAUUCAGAGCUGACCUGUCAUCAUAAAGAGCCAACUGAUCACAGUCAGUGUAAAAGAGUGAGAGUGAAUGAUUUCUGUGUUACUGUUUCGUAUGAGUGUGUGCCCACUCGAAAUGAACACUUAAGCCAUGCGGGUAGAACGACACUAGACAGCAAGAGUGCCUAACAGGAGCCAAUGAGCCAAAGGGGGAAAAACAAGGGGACCGCUUCAUCCACUCUUUCGACCUCACUGGUUUCAAAACAAAGGCCACGACGAGCCUGAAGGGCAAAGGGAAAGCUGAGGCCUGAGCGAUGAACUCCAAAAUGCUACAUGCACUUUUCUUUGUUUUGCUGUGGAGGUUAAUGAGACACAAAUAUAUCCUUCAAGAACAGAUGAUUUAAUCCAAAAAGUCGCCAAGAGGGUUUUGAAUGCCGCGGGGAGGAAAGGCCCGAAACAAUGAGCACCAUCAAUAUAACACCUGCAAUUGUCUAAUCAGGGGCUGAGCUGGAUAACAAAAGCAGUUCAGAGUCUCUGAUUAUCAUCACAGGGCAAAGGAAAUAACAACCUGCCACUGAAUUCCUUCCUUUGUCCUCUUCGGUGUAUUUAGAGAGCGCCCAAACAGAUGGACCGGGCAAUCUCUGAGCGCCUGAUUGGAGAGUUGGAUUUUAAUGCUGCUACGUCUGAGAAAAUCCCCCAUCUGAUACUUGGGAUUCUUCGUCAGGACAUAUCAAGGACUUAAGGACUCUGGGACACAGGAUCCCCCUUUGAACUGGAGUGGUUCAAGCACACACAUCCCUAACAAUGCCCGAUCACUUUCACACAGCGGAUCCUGUCCCACUGCAAAUAACCCUGGUCAAGUCCAGGGCUUCCACCUUCAACCUGGACUACUUCAGAAUCACUCAAAGUAUCAAGUGCUCAGUUAGAUAGAUAGAAACCUGUAGAUUCACACGGGCAAUCCAGGUACCUUAACUUACAAGUGAUGCUAAAAGUCUCUUCAUGUCUUACAGCAUUACAAUUACAUGAUCUCUGUUUUGAAAGGGGUUGCCCUCGUAUGCAAAGGAUGACUUUGUGAAAAGCUAAAUUUAAGGGAAGCUGAAAGAAAGCACAAAAAAGAUUUGUUUGGUUUGUUGGCAAUCUUAAAAACGUGUGGUUUGGAUGGGAAUCCAAAGCAGGGGCCACUUUUGUACCCUGCAUGUGAGUGUUUCCCGCUGAGCCGCGCCUUUUCGUGUCUAAAUGUUGGGGAAGAACAGUCGCUGGUGUCGUUCUCCUGACAUGUAGGAUUAGAGACCCCUACUGGUGAACUUGUUUGUGCUGCUGUGAACCCAGAGGUGAUGUAAAUUGUGUCUGUUUAUUCCUGUGAGGAUGACUUUUUUGUAUUAAAAAAAAAAAAAGAAUGAUAUAAAAAAAAAAAGAGAAAUGUUCUAUUGUGUCUCAGUCGUUCCCUAAAAAAUAAACAGGGAGCUUGAGGCUGGAACUUAAUUUUUUAUUUAAUAUGAUCAUUAUCUUUUUUUCAGUUCCGACUUUUUUUGGUUUUGCUGACUCAUUCAAGAUAAACCGUACACUGCACUGCCCCCCUCCUGCACCCCCUCUAUUCUUUUCUAUGCUCCUAUUCAUCCCGCCUUUUCCUCCCUCUUCCUCCCCUUCUUCUCCAUCCUCUCCUCUCUCCUUAUUCUUUUCCUCUCCUCUCUUCAUUUGUGCAACCCAAAUGUUUUGUAUGUGGUUAUCAAACAAUGCCAGACUCAAAAGCUGUUUAUAAAUAACAUUAAACAGAAAGUGUCCUCAAA